GCUUCCUGAAUUUAGGUUACGAUUGUCUGUGAUAUAGUGCCAUGUAAAUCAGAUCCUCGAUCACAAAGCACGCUAUACAAAGAUAUUGGAGUGACUUUCGCUACCACUAAAAAGUGAAGACAACCAUUUGCUGAAGGCUUGCCUUGACACUAACUAUGGACUAUUGGAGUGCCUUGGAGGUGUACAAGGAGAUGUUGUUGCUCUACCUGGAGGAAGGCAGGCGGCUUGUGAACACCAACUGUGAGGCGUUGGAACCAUGGCAGAUCAUUGGAGCCACUCUCAUAUCUACCUUAGGAGCAGUCUGGGUCAAAGGCUUCCUGUUUCAGCAAGAAACCCUGACAUCCCGAAUCAAGAAGCAGUGCUUUCGACUCAUCAGAAAAAUACCCUUUGUUGGCGCAGCAAUCCAGACCCAGCUGAACAAGGCCCUGUAUGACAUGUCUGUCAGUCUUUGUGCACUGAAGGAGGGCAUGAACUACACCAAACAGCUGCCUGAACAAGGGCUAACGCAAGCUGAAGUUCUAGACAGGAUCAGCGAGUACGAAACACUGAAUGAAGUGGAUUGGGAGAAUGGACGAGUGUCCGGUGCAGUGUAUUGGGGAGAUCAGACACUUACCAAACUUUUGGUGAAGGUGUAUGGAGACUUUGCAUGGAGCAACCCACUUCACCCAGACAUCUUUCCUGGUGUGAGGAAGAUGGAGGCAGAGGUUGUAAGAAUGACGUGUACCCUCUUCCACGGUGGGCCCAACACUUGUGGCACAGUCACCUCUGGGGGAACUGAAAGCAUAUUGAUGGCAUGCAAGGCGUACAGAGACAUGGCCUAUGAGCGCGGUGUGAAACAUCCUGAAAUCAUUGCACCAAUCAGUGUCCAUGCCGCCUUUGACAAAGCAGCAAACUACUUUGGAAUGAAGCUUGUUCACAUCCCCCUGGACAAGAAUACAAUGAAAGUGGAUGUUAAGGCGAUGAGGAGAGCUAUCAGCAAGAACACAGCCAUGCUUGUAUGCUCCGCACCCCAGUUCCCGCAUGGAAUCAUUGAUCCUAUUGAGGAAGUAGGAAAGCUGGCUUUAAAGUACAACAUCCCUCUGCAUGUGGAUGCUUGUUUGGGAGGGUUUCUCAUCGUGUUCAUGGCCAAAGCCAAUUAUCCACUGGCUCCCUUUGACUUCAGGGUAAAGGGUGUGACUAGUAUAUCUGCAGACACACACAAGUAUGGCUACGCCCCUAAAGGUUCAUCAGUGAUCCUGUAUAGUGACAAGAAGUACAGGCACUACCAGUACUUUGUGGCUCCAGACUGGCAAGGGGGCAUCUAUGCGUCCCCAUCAGUGGCAGGAUCUCGGCCAGGCGGUAUCAUCGCAGCGUGCUGGGCUACCAUGAUGCACAUGGGAGAGGAUGGCUACAUAAAGGCCACCAAGAAGAUAAUUGACACUGCACGUACCAUCAAGACCGAAAUCCGAAAGAUAAAUGGGGUGUUUGUGUUUGGAGACCCUGAAGUGUCUGUGGUGGCAAUAGGCUCUGACGUCUUCGACGUUUUUCGUUUAUCCAACGCACUGACUUCAAAGGGUUGGAAUCUCAACAUGCUACAGUAUCCAUCCAGCAUCCAUAUCUGUUGUACUGUACUGCACACACAUGAAGGUGUGGCCAAACAGUUAAUCAAUGACAUCAAAGAGCAGGUGGCUCUCAUUUUGAAAAACCCCAAUGAGAAGACCACUGGAAUGGGAGCAAUCUAUGGCAUGGCCCAGUCCAUUCCUGACAGAUCCAUGGUGACCGAGAUCUCCCGAGGCUUCUUGGACUGCCUCUACAGCACAGAGGAGCCCAAGUCGUCUCAGCCUCAGAAGACCCAUAUGAAUGGCAACGGCAAGGCCCACUGAGUCAGGAGAAGGCUGGCUGUGGCCUGGACACACACCUGGGUCAUGUUCAUUAGGGAACAUAAUGGUAAGCGUUGUGAAACGUUUUGCAACGGAAAAUGAAAAGGAGCAUUUACUGGAUAAGCUCAAGUAGUCCUUCCAUGUUUCAGUCCAUUUUCUUCAGGUCGGUGACUAAUGAACACGGCCCUGGUUACCAGCCUGCCUCACCUCUGGUCCACCCACUACAUCACUCAACAUUUGCCUUAUCCUGCCCACCUUUUAUCUACCUACUUUUUUCAGAUAUGUUCUGAAGCACAAGCCAUUGUUUUUAGCUAUCGUGAGGAGAAUUCUUCAAAUAUGUAGAAAGUGAAAGCACCUAUUGUACAAAAAUAUAUAGAAUAGUUGCUCUAACCAUUUGGGGGUUUUGGUCUGGUUGUAUUAAAUGUCCCCCACGAUGAAAUCAGCGAUGGGACGAUUGAUCUGUCUCCGUACGUUCAUACGUUAGUCACACGCGAUAUCUCCGACAGCACUGGCCCGAUUUUGACAACUUGUGUGAAUGAAGCGUCUGCCGUGAUAAAAAACACUUAAUGCUACUCUUCUGACACCAAAUGAGCGAUCUGCAUGAAACAUCUAUGAACAAAGGUCUCUCGGCGCAAUAUUUUCCAGACUAGUACCUAAAACAACAUGGCCACUAUUGAGUCUAGCUAACCCUCGCAAUAUUUUGAUGGAACUUGGGGGAAUUAUGUCUUUUAGAAAAGUUUGUGGUCAUACGCACAUCCUUAACAACGUAGGGGCUGGGCUAAUAAAGAAUGUGUAAAGAACAGGAAAGCCUGCACCCUGUUAAAGCUCCCAAUUCGCAGUUUUAUUUACAAUGUUUCGAUCCAAAACAGAUCUUCAUCCAGUCAAACAGACUGAGUGCUCACAUCCCAAAAUAUACACAUUUCACAUCACAUGACGCAUGGUGGGUGUGGAAACAAUUCAAUUAACUUUUGCGUAUAGUCAAUCAUAUAAUUAAUCCCAGAGGUACUCGUGGUCAUAAAGGAUUAAAUGCAUACAAAUUAAAACAUGGGUAACAGUAAAAAGAUUUGGAAACUGUUGGAAUACCCAACCAUAUGACCAUUACGCGCAGGUCGUGCAGUGGCCGUAGAUAUAAUUACAAUUACCUAUUUUUUUUUUAAAACAACUUGCCUACCUCUAAUAAUUUGAUAUCAAUGAGAUGGGCACAUGUAGUAGUAGUUACAGAAAAUCAAAUGUACAAAAUGACCAAGUGGAGACCUGGAUGGCAAGACGAAUUGAACGUAGCAUAUUCAUGUAAGAAAUGGUCUGUUAUCAAACUCUUGGUUCAAACCUUUAGGAGAAAUGGUGGGCAAACGGUGAAUCCAAUACAAUUCUCUUCUCGGUAAUAGAUUAUCAGUAUCUCCCCUGCUCCUAGUAACCUUAACAUGUUCAAUACCAAUGCAUCUCAGAGAUCUGAUGUUGUGACGAACCUCCAUGAAAUGUACAGCCACAGGGUUUCUCUGAUCAAGAGAUCUACUAUUAUUCCUGUGUUCUGCUAUCCUUGUUUUCAGAGAACAUUUCAUUUUUCCCUACAUACCAUACACCACAAAUACACUUAUCAGAUAUACCACAUUUGUAGAACACGUAAUGAUACCCUUCAUCUCAAUGGCCUUGUCUGUGAUGGGGUAAUUUAACGUUGUGCAUUUGUUUGUCUACAUAACCUGGUUCAAACAUUCAUGACAUUACCCUGAAGAAGGCACAGUGAUUGCCAAAACAUUGGUGUUUUUUUUUACCCGAUAAAUUACUGGGAGUGUGAGACUUUGUUUUGAUAGUGACGAGCCUCGGUGAAAUGCGCAGCCACGGUGUUUCUCUGAUCAAGGGUCCUGAUAUUACUCCUGUGUUCUGCUAUCCUUGUUUUCAGAGAUCGUUUUGUUUUUUUCUACAUAGCAUAGACCACAAAUACACUUUCUCAGGUAUACCACAUUAGUAGAACAGGUAAUGAUACCGUUAAUCUUAAUGGGGUGAUUGAAAAUUGUGCAUUUGUUAGUGAAAUUACACGGGAUACAUCGGCCACAUCUUUAAUUACCAUCCAGCACAUUGUCUAGGAAAGUACUACGUGACACACGGUGGAAGAUCAGACCUCACCACCAUUUGGCUGAUUUUUGGAGACUUGUCCGAAGACUCCCCGGGAGGGUUCUUUAAAUGUCUUUUCCAGUCGUGGGGUCAGUGCUCAAGAUGUGGAUUUUUUUUUCAUUUUAAAUUUAAGAUAUUGUUGAACUGUUUGUCUAGUGGGGAGUAAUUGGAACAAUUGGACUCGUUAGUCGGGGGCGGGAUGGUUUGGGAGUGAGUGUCAUCCUGGGUCAUAUUUUUGUAACGGUCCCAUGCAGCCAUUCCUCUGGGUUACCUUGCUGUCUGAAGUGCUCAUCCAGACCAUGUGCUUGUUUGUCAUAAUCACUCUGUGUACUACAGAUCCUGUGUAUGCGACUGUACAGGCUUGCCAAAAUAUUCACCCCCCUUGGCAUUUUUCCUAUUUUGUUGCCUUGCAACCUGGAAUUAAAAUAUAUUUUUCUUUUUUUGGGGGGGUGUUUGUAUCAUUUGAUUUACCCAACAUGCCUACCAUUUUGAAGAUGAAAAAUAUUUUUUUGUGAAACUAAGCAAGAAAGAAGACCCCCCAAAAAAAAAAAGUCAAUACUUUGUAGAGCUACCUUUUGCAGCAAUUACAGCUGCAAGUCUCUUGGGUUGUCUCUAUUAGCUUGGCACAUCUAGCUACUGGGAUUUUUGCCCAUUCUUCAAGGCAUAACCUUUUUCAUUUCACUUCAACAAUUUAGACUAUUUUGUAUAUAUAUGUCCAUUAUAUGUAAUCCAAAUAAAAAAAAAUCCACUUAAAUUACAGGUUGUAAUGCAACAAAAUGGGAAAAAUGCCAAGGGGGAUGAACACUUUUACAAGGCACUGUAUUGGCUGAUAGCUUACACCCUUAUGAGCCCCCCUAUCUCUGCGUAACAGGGAAUUCCUGUUCCGCCGGCUCCCUAUAGGUCGGUGCUAAAGCCAACUCCCUCUUUAUCAAAAUGUCUUGCCCUAGAGAUGUAGCAUUUACAGAAUUACUCAUUGGCCCAAGGGAGGCACUACAGUAAUCAACUGUAUGUACAUUAGUCACAUGCGAUAUAUCAGACAACUGCACUGCAUCAUUUGUGGAGGAUCACAUGUUCAUUGUUGCCUUGUUUAACACCUGAUUUACUUAACAAAAAUAGGUGGUUCAGGUAAAUCAUGAUAUCGCUAAAGGGGGACUUUCCUAUGUUUCUCUAUUGCGCCUCUACUUUUCCUCAAGCAAGGGAGAGGCUGACUUAAUUUUUUUUACCCUUUAGUGUGUACUUUGGGAUAUCACUUUAACAGUAAAACAUUUCAUACUCAAUGUUCCAGGUACAAACAACCGUGUUUGUCAGUCUCUGAUUCUUCUACAACAAAUAAUGGUUAACUGAAAAGCACUAAUGUCCUAGUGAAAUAAAUACUUACCCAGUGAACAGGAGGGAGCAAUGUUCUCUGCAUGUAUUUGUAAGGACAACAUACUUGAAUCAUUUAAGACUUGAGCCCAUUUUGAAUUUAACAUUACCUACCUAGGCUCUUGUACUAUAUUGCAUAUAUACAUGUAUGACUAAUUGCGGUCUGUUUGUGGCUAAUUGCAAUCUUUCAGUAAUAAUUUAGACUGCAAGAAACCCUGGCUGCUGUAACACAUUACCUAGUAUACUGUACACCGCCACUAUGUUAUUAUGAAUCUGAGACUGCAAUCCACUGAUUUGACAACAUAUUCAUUACCCCCUCUAUUCUUUGAGACAAUGGUUUAGCCCUUAAUUGAAUGGUUUAGACCUGAAAUGAUCUCAAAGAACAGAAUACACACUGAAAUAUCUUUAGAAGUUGUAAAGUCUCCAUCUCAAUUAUGUGUUCUUGUAGCUAAUUGAUUUGGCUUCUAAUUUUAUCUACCUCAGUUUCUGUUCAAUGCAAUUGUGUUGCUUGUUCAGUCAUUAUAGGUCUAAAGAAUACCGGAAAAGCCUGCCUCAGUUUUUCAUGUAACAUUUAAACGUAUGGCAUUUGAGAAACUGCAGUGUUCUUAAAAAAGCAAUACUGGUAUAAAACUGUUCGCAAAAAAACAAAAACUACUGGAUGUACACUUGGUAUGCCCCCAAAACACACUUCAAAUGAUCUUUCCAUUAAAAUGUUCCAUGUGCUUUCACAUUUGUGUUUGCAGUCAAACUUAAGUGAAUAUCCACUUUUCUUUCCAUGUCUGUAGCUAGGUUUCUAUCCAAUUGACAGAUUCAUACGAAUAUUUAAAAAAUUAACAAAGAAAAUAUUGCAUGCUCAUUUUCCCACCAGUUAUGUUUCCACCAAACAGACCUGUUGCGGAUAAAACUCAUUGCGUGAUGACGUAGGGCACAACUUUUAUUUUUCGCUGAAAUUUAUGUACCGACAAAAAAUAAUCUAAAGUUCAAUGUGUUUCCAUCGCAAUCUUCAACUCUACUGAUAGUUUUGUCACAAACUGUUGCGUUAAUUAGCAAUAUGGUCUUGACACUUCCGCUAUAGCCAACAGCUCACAGAUAAAGUGCGGGUAGGCUAGUCUACAUGACGAUAUUAUGCAUAUGAAUGUUUUAUUUGUCAAGCAUCGAUGAUCAUGUUACCAGAUAAUAACCAUCGAUAUUUAAUGGGAAGGAGCAUCAUGCUCACCGUGCACUUUCACCACGCUGUGAUGUUCAUCACCAUUUAUUUAAUCUGUAAUUUAAUAAACGGUAUGGUUUUCCAAGUCGUAGUGGGAGGACCACACACUAUUAUUAUAUUUCUAUUUGGCGCAUAAAGGCGUUUCCACCGCCAUUUCUCUCAUCGUACAUUUUACAGACACAAAAAGAUCACACCAUGCCGAACAAACAUAUGAUCUGUCGUAUUUAUAAAAUUGUACCGAAACUUCCAUUAAAAAAAAAAUACUUUUACUUUACUCACAAAACUGUGGAUAGAAAUGUGGUUUGUGUCGUAGAUGUUUUACCUUCUGGAGUCAUAAAAAGGGAAAUAACCUGACAAUGUUAUGAUGAUGCGAUGGCUUUUAAAUCAUACCAUUUAACUUUUAGCCCAGUCCUGUUGUAUAAUUCUUAAGCAUUUUUUGUGUGACCACUUUUUUUAUUCUUAUUAAUCACUGUGAUUUUUCUUAUCUGCAACGAUUGUGUUUUGGGGUAAAUACUAAUUUGUGGGUCAAUCCUGGUCCUUGAAGGCUGCGGUGUCUAGUUUGUUCUUUUGAUUGGUUUUCUAUUUUAAAAUCAAUGCUUGAUUAUAUAGCAACUAUGACAACCAAUAGACAGGGUGGCCCUCAGACGAGUUGAGGACACUAGCUGGAUUACCUGAAAAUAUACAGUAAAUAUAGUAGUUAGUGGAACCAUACAGUACCACUGAACAAAAGGGUCAAAGAUCUGACAAUGGGUAGUUUCUAUUUUCUAGGUGGAGCCAUCAAUGGAGAAAUAACCACUGUUGACAUUAAUAGCCAGGAGUAUAUUAAAUUGCAAAAGAAACAAAGGUAAUUUAAUGUAAAUUGUGAUAGUACCUGAAUUGCUGCUUAGUGCUUACCCCACUAUAGUCUAAAUUGUACAGUGUAAAUCUUAAAGCGCCUUGCCCUCAAGGAGGUAGGGUUAAGAUCAUGCCUUCUGUUAUUGUCUAAGGGAAUAAUCUUCACAGCAAUAAAUCACAUUCACCUGUAUGCCUUCGAGCCCAGAUUAAUGAGGGCUGUUGGGUAAUAGCAAUGUAUAGAAUCUCAAUGUAGAUUCUAUUUAUAUGUAUCGAUCAGCCUUAGGGAUUUGGCUUCGCAACAUCAAGUUCAGUAAGGUCCAGUUAAUUUAUACUGUACAUGUCAAUUUUAAUAUCAUUAAAUGUUUUUGAAAAUCUAAAAAUAUAGUAGCAUGAAUUUGUAGCUAUUUGUAGUUUCUUGCUACCCUUCAUUAUUCCAGAAAAAAACCCUUUGGAAAGCAUUUGUUGGCCAUGGUUACACUCCUUUCAGCACAACAAUUGAUUCCAAAAUACUUUCAGCUCACAGGAAGCUGAGCACCAUAACAAUUACAAUAAACCUACAACAGCUGUUCCAUUUGUUGUUUUUAGAGAUUCAUUCAAUGUGAUAACCUUGUUUUUAUAAUAUGAUUUCUAGGAGGGGUGAAAUAUUGAGGCUGACCCCAUUUGUCUGUAGGCUACACUUUGGACAAAUGAAUAAACAGACACUUACUGGUUAUUCAAACAACUAUUUGUCACUUACAAAACAUUACACAAGAAAACCAUUUCAGACACACAGACUAGACAAAGUCAGUGUUUUAUAUAGCAAUUGUUGGAAUGAUCAAAUCGAUUUUCCCCAGAUUUCAAAGGUUUCGAGUCUGAGCUAGAGUUAUGUACAUUAGACACUUGAUUUUACAUUACCUGAUUCUGCUCAGUUGGGGACAGAGGAAUGUUUGAUAUACAGUAUCUAUGGUAUUUUUACUGGCUAAUCACUGGUUGCUAAUAAAUCCACUUUCCACCAAAGCAUUUUUUAAAAAGGUAUAUUUGGCUUCAUCAGUCAAGCAACAAACACCACACCAGCAAAAUGUUUGAAUUAAAAGUGACCUGUAAACAUUAAAUAUUAAUUGGGAUUCUGA